AAACACAACCCCGGAAGUAUUUCUUUUAGCGCAUGCGUAAAUGAGCUGAAGGGAGGGCUCCUGCUUCUGGCACAGAUCAUGCAGUCACAGCCCCACCCUUUUCCGUUUCUGAAAGAUCUCUGUCGCAGUGCGCUGAACGUCUCAUGAAUCUAAUCUAACGGACAGAUCGACUCAACCAGGAAAUGUCUUCCUCUCUGCCUGCGUCUCUGUUCCUGCUGUCUCUGGUUUUCUGGCAGUUUGUUUCUGCUGCAGGUCAGAACAACAUCACAGUCAAAGCUGAACCUGGAGAUAACGUCAUUCUGCCAUGUGAAUCUCCAGACCAGGAUCGGAUUUUAGUCGCAGAGUGGAGCAGAACUGAUCUGGGGCCAGAAUCCGUCCUCCUGUACAGAAAUUUUCAGUUUGAUCUAGAAAACCAGAAUCCAUCUUACAGGGACCGGGUUGAUCUGCUGAUUGGUCAGAUACAGAAAGGAGAUGCGUCUUUGAUUCUGAAGAACACAAAGACUGAUGACAACGGAAAGUAUGAAUGUCACGUUGUUAAAUCAGACCGUGAGAGGAAACUGAUCAGCUCCAUCAGCCUGGUUGUUGCUCCUCGUCGUCCAGAACCGUUUCCAGUCUGGGCCAAAGUUCUACUGGUUCUGGCUCUGGUUGCUGCUGCAGGUGUCUCUUUUUAUUUCUGGCUCCGUUGGAAACCAGUCCCAGAACAGGUGGAGGUGGAAUCAGGGGAGAAGUUUGUCAAGCUGCCCUUUAAAGUCCCACGCUGCCUGUGGUUCAGUAAAUACAGAACCUUCCUGCAUGUGGAUAAAGUGGAGUGGAAGAACAGAAAUGAUGAUGUGGUCCAUGUGUAUCAGAACGGUUCUGAUCAGUCUAGAGAACAGAACCUGAUCUCCAGUACCAGAACCAAGAUGGAUGAAAACCUGCUGAGGACUGGAGACCUCAGUCUGACUCUGAAAUGUCCCAGUGAUACAGACAAUAACACCUACACCUGCAGAGUUUAUAACAAGAAUGGAGAAAAACUGAUGAAGAAAAACGUCUGGCUAGAGGUCAAAGUCCAACAGGUGGAGGUGAAAUCAGGGGUGGAGUCUGUCCUGCUGCCCUGGAGAACCACAGAGGAUCUGGAUGGAGACGUUAAGGUGGAGUGGAAGGACAGAGAGAACAAGACGGUCCAUGUGUAUCAGAACAGUUCUGAUCAACCUGGAGAACAGAAUGAGAUCUACAGAACCAGAACCAAGAUGGAUGAAAACCUGAAGAAUAAAAACCUCAGUCUGACUCUGAAAUGGCCGAGAUUUGGAGACAGAGGGAUCUACACCUGCAGAGUUUACAGCAGAGUCGGAAACAUCCUGAUGAAGAAACAUGUUCAGCUCCAGGUCAAAGUCCAACAGGUGGAGGUGAAAUCAGGGGUGAAGUCUGUCCUGCUGCCCUGGAUAAUCACAGAGGAUCUGGGUGGAGACGUUAGAGUGGAGUGGAAGGAUAAAUAUAACAAGACGGUCCAUGUGUGUCAGAACGGUUCUGAUCAGCUUGGAGAACAGCACCAGAUCUACAAAGACAGAACCGAGAUGGAUAAAAACCUGCUGGAGAAUAAAAACCUCAGUCUGACUCUGAAAUGGCCCAGUGAGAGAGAUUAUGGCAUCUACACCUGCAGAGUUUACAGAGACAAAAACAUCCUGAUGAUGAAAGAUGUUCAGCUCAAGGGCAAAGGGACAGUCGGGGUCCAACCAAAGUACACCAGGUCCAACCAGAGGACAGCGGGACCAGAAGAAACUCUAUUGAUCUGACUCUAAUGGAUCAUCAAUCAGUCUGAUCAGGUUGAUCAAUCUCUGGUUAUUGAUCCAGUCAGACUUUGGAUCAGAGCCGAUCUCAGUGAAGGUUCUGAUGGACCAACAGAGGAAACUUCCUGGUCCUCUGGUUCAGUCUGCAGCCUCUUAUUGAUCACUAUUGAUUAUUGAUGACUGAAUGAAGAUCUGAAGGAACUGAAGGAACCAGUUAAAGACUGGAACUGGAACUGGAACUGGAACGGGAUCCAUCAGAGAGAAGAACAGUUCAGUUUGACCCAGAACCUCCUGACCAUCAUCAUCAUCAUCCUCAUCUUCAUCAUUUUCUCUUCAAACCCAAAAAUCUCAAAUUUUUUCCUCCAGUCCAGAUUGUGGAUUUUUACUUUAAAGCUUCACUGAUUUAAAUUUUCUGGCCGAUUUUAUUUCCAAAUCUUUAAAAUUUGACCUUCUGGUUCUAAUUUUGUCCUUUUCUCCUGAAAUGUUGCUGCCUGUCAGGAGAAAGUUGCUGAGUUGCCAACAGACUGUUGACUGCCAACAUUGAGUUCUGACCCGGUGGGUCGGUCUGUCAGUCCAACGUCUCUCUGAUUUCUAGACCUUCGCUGAGGAAGAGAAGAUCGGCUUCGUGUCUAAAUAUCGGAUCGGCUUCAUGUCUAAAUAUCGGAUCGGCUUCAUGUCUAAAUAUCGGAUCGGCUUCAUGUCUAAAUAUCGGAUCGGCUUCAUGUCUAAAUAUCGGAUCGGCUUUAUGUCUAAAUAUCGGAUCGGCUUCAUGUCUAAAUAUCGGAUCGGCUUCAUGUCUAAAUAUCGGAUCGGCUUCAUGUCUGAAUAUCGGAUCGGCUUCAUGUCUAAAUAUCGGAUCGGCUUUAUGUCUAAAUAUCGGAUCGGCUUCAUGUCUAAAUAUCGGAUCGGCUUCAUGUCUAAAUAUCGGCUGAUAUUCAGGAAAUCAGCUCAGAUUAAAUGACUGCAGAGAAAUUGAUGCACCAAAGAAAAGCUGAAAAUAUUUAAUAUCUUUAUGGUUCAUGUAAAGUCCAGUUACACUUAUUGCAUUUAUUAAUCUGUGUUACAUUAUAAUGCAGAUUAUUCUAGUCCUGGAUUAUAAUCUGACUCUGAGAAUCAUCCUAAACCGUCCAUCUGGUUUCUAUAUGAAUCCUGCCUUAUUAAUGUUUUCAUUAUAAAUAAUAGAAGCUUCUUUAUUUCACUUUUUUAUUUUAAACAGAAUUUGAUUGUAAAAGUAAAAACCUACUAACACCUUAAACUGUUAUUUUACAUAAAAUGCAGAAUUUGAACAUAUUUACAGAUUUCUGCUCAUUAAAUGUUUUAAUUUCUGACUGAAAUAUUUUAUAUCAUUUUAUUCAUUUGUUACAUUUUAUUUUCAUGUUAAAGUGAAUUUAAAGACAAAAGUUUAAUUUUAAUUCUCCACAUUGAUCUAAAACCUCUGAUCUAAUUUAUUACCAAAAGAUCAUGAAAUAAUUUGAUCACUAAUAAUUAAUCAAUAUAUUUAGUCAGACAUGAAGAUCUAGAAUGAGUUUUUCUAUACAUGUUACUAUUUACAGUGUUCAUAUUCUAUGCUUGUAUAUCUACUAGAAUAAUCUGUCUGCUUGUGUUUUUUAUUUCUUGUGAAUCUUUAGAUGAAUAUUAAAUUAAAUGUUUAGAUGAAUAUUAAAUAUUUACAUGAAUAUUAAAUAUUUACAUGAAUAUUAAAUAUUUAGAUGAAUAUUAAAUAUUUAGAUGAAUAUUAAAUGUUUAGAUGAAUAUUAAAUAUUUACAUGAAUAUUAAAUCUUUAGAUGAAUAUUAAAUAUUUAGAUGAAUAUUAAAUCUUUAAGGUUGAAUGAAUCUGAUUCUGGUUUUGAGUUCAUCUGGAUUUUUCUGAGUUUUUUCUGCUGGUUUUAUUUUCAUUCAGGAUGAAAAAAUAUAUUUUAUUUUAAAUUUGACUCAGUUUAUUGGAUGUUUCCUGAAUCUGCAGAAUCAAAUUGAUAAUUGAAUUAUUGAUUUAUUGAUUUCUCUCAGCUGAUCACUAAUAACAGAUGAACUGAUUGGUACUGAAGGUUAAUCAAUAUUUAUUUAAACAUAAAUAUUUCAUUUGUUGGACUCCAUGGAUAAACAGUGUUUCUAUUAAUUUGACUGGAAAAUAACUUUUAAUUUUCAGACCAAAUCAGUUUCCAGAUUUUAUAGAUUUUUUUUAGUUUAAAAUAAAAAUAUAAAAUAAUUUUAAAACUUUGUUUCUUUACUGAUUUAUUUCUUCCCUUCAGGGAGUCGACCUGAAUUCAAACUAAAUCCAAACUAAAACAUCCUGUUUGGUUCUGAGAGCCGAUUUCACUCUGAACUACAGAAAAACAAAAAGUGGAAAAAAAAUCCAGAUUUUCCAAAAAUUAAAUCCUCAAACAGAAACUCAGAAAGUUUGAUACUUUUUAAUUUUGUCAGUUUUAGUUUUUAAACUCAUUUUCAGGUGAAUUUUAUUUGUUUUGUUAAACUUGUUUGCUAAAAUGCCAAAAUGUGCUUCAUAACAAUAAAACCUGAUAAAUUAAAAA